AUGUGUCCCCUCAGUUGGGUCUUCUCAAGCCGGGGCGGUCUGGUUGACUCAGGAGUGACGCUGUGCCAGGUUGGGGCUUUCGGUCACAAGCAGGAGGAGGAAGCGGUCAGUGGUGGCCUCCACCUAGGCCUGUCUUGCAGGCACCAGCGUUCAGCCGUACCCUCCGCCGGGUGCCACCUGGGGGACUCUGCCGCUCCCGCUGGCAGGCGGGGUUUUAAGGCUGACACAGGGAAGGAGCAAGGAGGCUCCGAUUGGGGAACCAUGCACGGGGAGGAGGUGGAGCCAGGGGUGCCGGGGCAGGUGGCGCACAGGGCUUCGGGACCAGUCCCCCCAGUGUCGCACACCCCCGCCUUGUCCCCAUUGAGUCUCCGGAAUCUGAUCUGUCCCAGUCUCAGCCCAGUGGCCCUGGCGGCUCCUGAGGGAGGGGCCCCGCCCGCCCCGUUUCCCAGGCAACAGGUGCUGGGCGCCCAGCUCAAGUGGUGUCGCCCAGGCAACGGCCUAGAAACUACCCCCCCCCAGGCACUGCUACCUCAGCUCAGGUGCCGAAAGCUGGUCUGGCAAGUCGGUUUGGAGGGCUUUCCUCUGCCCCUCGGGGCCUCUGGGGAGCCGGGAGAGGCCGGAAGACGGGGGUCGGGGGCGCUGCCCCCACCCCCAGCAGCAAGGGGCGGGAUUUAG